GCGUUAACCAUGAGUGAUUACACGAGCGACAGGGGAGCCAAAGACGAGUGUUGCGACAAUGGCGACGAGUGGAACCAAGAUGAUGAAGGGCGAGGGGACACUAUCACUCAAGAAGAGAUCAGUGUACGUGAUAAUCUUGCAGGUGAAGUGAAGGAUAAAAGUUGUGACUGCGGUGACCAUGACGCCUUCCACUACUCGAUUGUCCAAGGCAUAUGCCCAAUCUGCAUGAAGGAAUUGACCGACGGGGUAUUGGUCAAGAGCUGUCUGCACGAGUUCUGCUAUGACUGCAUUGCGAUGUGGUCGAAGCACUUGGCAACUCGUGGUGCGCUUCCCUUGAAGUGUCCAGUCUGUCGUUCCCCAUUUCAAGCCGUAUUGGCGAACUUGCGCUCGGAAUACGAUUACGACACAGUGAACAUUUUGCACGCUGCUUCCGCCGCUUCUUCGAUCCGUGCCAUUGACUCUGUACGACGGAGAAGAAGUCUCGUUUACCGCAGACGGGUCCGCCCAACCACGGAAUGGCAACCAAUUCGAAAAUCCAACGACCAAGCCAGACCAUGGAUCGAUCGAGAGCUGCGUGUCCUUAUGGGUGAAGAUGCCGAUACAUCCUUGCUACUCCAUGUUGUGUUGACGUAUGUGGACCUCGCUCGCCAGCACCAGGCCAACUCCCAUCGGCACCCAUCGGCGAAGCACGCCAAGACAACAGCUCCUUCACCGCAUCCUUACACGAGCCUUACCAACACGAUGCGAGACUUUCUCCAUGAAGACGCUGAAUUAUUUGUGCAUGAAGUUGCCAAGUUUAUGGCUAGCCGCGUCAACAUGGCCGAGUACGACCGUGACCCCGACCCACGUGCCCACGACGCAACCGAUCGUCAAUAAUAGAUUGAUUAUAAAUGUUAUGUGAAAACAUAUUCCAGCAAUUUACUGUUAGAAACAACUACAGGGCCAACAGUACUUGAAGUUUGUAUUGAAUGAAAAU